UCCGACAAGAAGAGUCCCCGCUGGAUGUCGCAAGUCAAGAAUUGGCUGGCAACCAGCGAACCCUCAACCCAAGCGAUGAAGGACCAGAAAAAGGACGCGUACAAAAAGCACGGCGUCCACUUAAAAGACCCGCAAGCCGCUGUAAAGAUGCACUCUCCCAUGGGAAAAGUGCCGCUGGAUGCUAUUACUUCCACGUCAGGCCCUACCCCCGAGAAGGUCCUCAAGGAAAAAGUUCGUGCAAAGGAGACACCGACAUCAGGUGCUAGACAUAGCCGCGGCUCACAGUCCAUAUCAAGCAGCUCCUCUUCGCUGCCGAGCGUGAAG